AAAGCAUUUUGGGGAAUCCGUCACGAACGUUUUAUCAAACUAAAUCGAUUAAUUGGAGUUUAAGAAGCAAGAUAAAUAAACAGUAGAGUAGGUCCAAAUCUGAACGUGUUCUAUACUAUAUAUGUAGAAUGAUAUUUUAUCAAGUUUCAAUAGGUAGUUGUUCUGAACAUGUAAAAUGUACCUGUUACACAGGCUAUAUGGGUUCAAAACCUGUAUAACUGUAUAAGGGAGGCGAGCCAAAGAAUUGUCCACGUUUGUGAAUUGGCCUACAUUACUGUGUACUCUAAAAAGACUGUCAAAAUUUCAAACUUUGUUUCUUCAGUUUCUGCUUACAUCAAUGCAGAUUUAACAUAAAGUUUGGAAAUGUGGCCCAGUAGAGGACUACUACCAGGCAUUUCUGAUCAUGAUGUGGUCUUCAUGGAAUUUUUCAACCCACCUUAAUGAAUUGGCCAGAAGCCUCGAACUAUCCCCCUAUAUAAAAAGGCAAACUGGGACACCAUCAGAAAGGAGCUGACAUCUCUGGCUAACGAUAUCAUCAAUAACAAAAUCUCAACUGUAGAAGAUGACUCAUGUACAACACUGAUUUAAAAGACACAACCAUCUAAUUGAAAGAAUUUGAACCAUUAAGAAUGUCGGAGGAGGUUCAGUAUGAAAUUUUGGGGUCAACCGAGGCCCUAAUGCAGACGAUGCUCACCCCUGGGGCUAUCCAAGAGGUCGCAGAGGGGGAGAUAUCUGUUGGAAACCAGGAGAUCAUCAUUGAUGGGAUGCCCCUCCAGAUUCCAGCAGGUAACUACAAGACUGAGGUGUUGGAGGACGGGACAGUGCAGGUGAUAGUUUAUCAGGAUACCCAGGAGGAACAGGAACCAGAAGCCCCAAGAUUUGCAGAGUCGGCCAUACAGACUGACAUUGACAUUAGAAACAGACGUGCACACAGCAUUGGGAUACAGAACACAACGGUCCCACAGUUUAAUAGUUACAGCUUUGCAGAACAUGGGGUACAAACAGAUCCUACUCCUGAUGAGCCACUAGUAAUUGAACCCAACUACAGCAUGCCUGCCGAGUUAACAAUUCCAGAGGAUAAUGACGACGAAAUAGAUGAGUCAUUAAUUGAAGAGGAAAACGAGGAAACAAUAGGAAAGAAAAGAAAAAGAGGACGUCCUAUUAAGAAUCCACGGGUAAUACAGAAUAUUCACACUAAUGAGGAGAACAACUCGGUGAAGGGACUUCGCGCAGGCAAGGAAGUAACCUUCCACAAAUGUGGCAUAUGCGGAAAAAUCUACAAAAACAAAACCAACUGGAUGACCCACCUCAAAGUCCAUUCAAAAGAACAGGUUUUCAUGUGUGGAUACUGCGGUCAGCUGUUUCAGCGUUACAGUUUUGUUGCUCACGUUAAAAGUCACCAGGGUGAAGAAGAAGCUAAGGAGGAAGCUGCAAAUGCCCAGAAAAAAAAUGCUGAUGCUGAGGCAGUUACUGCUGCAGCUGCCUCAGCAGAAAGUCAAACAGUAGCUACAAAUGUCGACGAAAAUCAGGAGUUUGAUGUCACCGACGAGAAUGGGGAAAAGCGAUACAUGGUACGAAGCCAUCAAGUGACGCUGCCCAACCAGCAGGUGGCCACAGUUAUUGACUUGGGCAAUUUAAUCGAUGUUGCAAUGAAUGCAGAGGUGACAUCAGAUGCUGCAGAUGGUGCGGAUAAGGGAGACAACUUGAAACCAAGUACCUCGCAAACAGAAACGGCAGCGUUAGAGACGGCCUUGGCACAGGCUGAGGACAACCAAGAUAUUCCAACUGUUGCGGAGGGGGAGAAUGAGGAGGUGGCUACCAAAUAUAUCUACAAGUGUAAUGUUUGUGGCAAAGAGUACAACAACAAGAGUAACUGUCACCGCCAUCUCAAGUCACACACCCACGACAAAACGUAUAAGUGUGAUCACUGUGACAAAACUUACAUGCAUCGAUACGAACUCAAAAUGCACAGUCGCAUUCACACAGGAGAAAAGCCAUUCAAAUGUGUAAUCUGUACCAGGGCCUUCAACGAAAGUGGUAACCUCCGAAGGCACAUGAAGAUCCAUGCUGGGGAUGACACGCCCUAUAAAUGUGGCGUCUGCUUUAAGGGAUUCACCGACUUGUAUCGCCUCCAUGUCCAUCUUAAGGUCCACACUGGAGAGAUUAAGUGUGACACAUGUGGGAAAGUAUUCGGUAAGAUAUCUGAUCUGUACCGUCACAUACGUAUACACACUGGGGAUAAACCAUACAAGUGUGAUCAGUGCCACAAAGCAUUCUGUCAGAAAGUCAACUUACAGACACAUUACCGCACACACACGGGCAAAAGUCCAUUCCAGUGUGAACUUUGCCAUUUCACCUUCAGUCGUAAACAAAUCCUUGACAACCAUAUGAAGGUUCACGCCGAGAUUGAAGAAGAGGGAAAAUUGAAAACGGCUGGGGAGAUCAAGAAGGAGGUGAUUGACGAGGAACUUGAGGGUGCAGAAGUUCAGGAGGAGGAGGGCAGCAGUAUGAUGGAGGUCGUCGAUUUGUCCGUAGAUGAACAGACUGGACUGGUCGAGGUUCCAGUGGACUCACAUGAGAUGGAGACGGGACUUACACAGGAGGAACUCGCCCAGCUAGUUGCUGCUACUGUGACAGAAUAAUUCAGCACAUACUAAACCCUGGUACGUGUAUUCAAUAUGUACAAUUAAGUCUGGUGUUUUCUCCAAGUCACAUGGAUUUGGAGAGAAGUUUUUCUGCACUUUGGGUUUGGAAAUUUGAGACUUUUUAAUAAUACACAUGACAAUGUAAAUUAGUGUCAGAGUUACUUCCCUUUUCACAAGCUGUUAUUCAAUUACCGUGCCACACAUAUGUACACCAUAUAUGUACAUUUCCAAGUUAUUUACAAUAUUGAUGGAACAUCUGUACAAUAUUGAAAAUAUACUGUCUCAGUGCCUGCUUUCAUGGCAGCCAUAUUGCUCAAAAUUUCUGGUUAAAAAUCUAGUACAUACAUGUACUCAAAUAUUAAACCUAUAAUAUGCAAUCAUGACACAAGAAAAGUUUAAUUCCAUUUUAGUCAUUUGAUAGUAACUGUGUGACUGUCUGUUUUAAAAAAAUUGGAAUGUCCCAGAAUACUUACCAAUAAGUCUUCAAAUGUUGAACAUCCUAUGUUAGGUAUAAAACAAGAAAAUAUUGGUCUCAGCAUGAAUUAGAUUUUUACAUUCCGUUACCAUAUUACAUGUUUUAAUAUAAGUCUUGUAAUUUUCAUUAUCACAAUUCAAGCCAUGGAUAGUUCACUGAAUUGAAACAUAUUUGUCUGAAAUUUGGUUUUUGUUCCAUGAACCUUGACCCUUGACAUGUCAAAGUUAAAAUAUUUUUGAUCAUAAACAUCAGAAGUCAAUGCAACAAUACCUGUUCCCGACUAUAGGUUAUAAAUUCUGCUUGAUUACAAUGAUUAUACAUUUCAUUUUGAUUGCAUUGUGUUAUGAUCAUUAAAACAGUAUUUUUGCAUGUGAAAAUCUGAGUCCAAGUCGUUAGUAAACAUCUUUGAAGUUUUAUGUAUCAAUAUCUUGCCCUGUAUACAUUGUAAGAAAAGGGCACUUUAUAAGAGUCUAGUGAUAUUGACAAUUUAUUAUGGUGUAAAGAUUAAAGUGAGAAGAUGAAACUGGUGUUUCAGUAUUUUCACACAAUAUACAAUAUCGAAGGAUUUGGAAAAAGAUCCCAAAGCUGUUAAACCUUUUUUUUUUUGCUCUACGAGGUUUGCCUGCCAAACAGAGUUGAGAAUUAGCACAAUACAUUUAUUUAGUGAUUGUAAUUCAUAUAAAAAUCAGGCAUAAUACUCUUGUUCACCUAUAUAGCUGAUCUGUAUACUGUGUACCAGGAAAUUGUUGCCACAGUUCAACUUUUGCAUUUUCUGCCCUCUGUAAUGAAGGCAAUUUAUCAUGACAGCAUAUAUUUAUACACACCAGACCAAGCAAUCUCAUUACAUGAAAAGAGCGAAAUAACACUUGGCAAAUAUUUAAUUUUACCAGUGAAGGGCAAAAGUUUGACUCGGCGAAAGUUUCAUGGUAUACAAUAGCAAUAUUUGUAGGUCAUUGAUGUUGGAAGUUGAAAUUGUUUGAAACUUUGUACAUACUAUAUAGUUAUAAAUACUUGAUAUCGUUUCUUUAACUGUGUAAAUAUUUGUUAAUUUUUUUUAAUUUUUUUUUUAUUGGCAAAAUGUAGAUAUAUGAUUGUUACACAUUAUAUGUAUAUAAGGAAGCGUUAAGAUGAUAAAACAUAUUUUGUCCUACGGAAUGUACUGACAAACAUUCAGUUUAUGUAUUAAAACAGAUGUUAAAUCCAUAUACCAAUCAUUGUUAAUGUGCUAAGGUGAGUUCCCUGUUUAUAAGAAAAACAACCUAACUUCUAAUUUAAUGGUAUGUUUAAUUUUACAGCUUUGUAUAAUUACAUAAUUAAUAAUCCAGACCUGUCUCCACUACACAUUUCACUAAUUCUAUACCUAGAAGUACCUGUGUUUGACUACACUAUAUUUUUAAACAUAGAAGAAUGACGAAGAGAACACUAUUUGGGUUACAUAGGUAGAUGUUUACUGGGUUAUAUGUUUCGGCCUGCUAGGGAAUCUGUCAUCAGAAUAAUGGUAGUGUAACGGGAGAAAGAGAAAUGUACGACAAAAUUGGAAUUCAAACCCAGGACCUUCCGAACUCUUAGGCGGACGCUCAACCAAAUGAGCUAUCUGGUCAUCUUAUUAGUCAAGUUCUGCUACAGUAGUAUUGAAAAAGUCUCAGCGAAGUAAGGAUCCCGGUCGUCAUAUAGUUGGCUAUUCGCUUGAAAUUAGUUUUAAUUUUUGUGUACAUUUAAUUUACUGAGGUAACUUAUUACCUUACUAUAACAGAUAUUCCAAAAUAUGUCCUGAUCAGUUAUUUGCAUAAAACAUCACCAAUAGAACCAUUUUUUCUGUUCACACAUUCUACCAUAAUGACAUUUUUUUUUUCUGUUUGUGUACAAUGUAGUUAAAUGACAUGAUACUCAUAGAAAAAUGUUGAUAUGCAAAACUUGUUGAUAAAAUAGACCAUUGUUUGUAGAAAAUGUUGUUUUGUCUAGUUAAGGGUUGAAUUGUUUUGAAGUGUGUUGAGCUUUUCUGUUUAUUUGUGAGUAAAUUGAAUGAAUGUAUUGGAUAUUUUUUUUCUGAUGGCUAUAGUAUCUAAAUGAGUUAACAUGAUUGUUGCUACAUAUCUUGCCAAACAGACCCCUUCAUUAAGUAUGCAAGCAUGUAUACAUUUAAACUUGGUUGUAGCAUAUUCCAUGAGUUAAACCUAAUUAACCAUUUACAGUGCCAUUCUUUUCAAAAGUUGGCUCCUAAAUACAAGCAGACCUGGCAGCAGUGUAUUGAAUUGUAAUUACAAUGUAGUAAAGGAAAAUAACAUAUUUCUUUAAAAUAAUUGAGGUCCCCAUUUAAAUGUUUCCUUCAAUUUAAUGACAAGGAGGUGGUAUCAAUGCAAGUACCAUGAUAUUAUGAUGAUCAACAAUGAAAAAAAGCUUAUUUUGAUAAAAAUGUACAAAGCACAUGGGGUUUGUAUCCUUAUACAAGUUUAUCAUUUCAGACAAGAGUGAACUAGAAUUUAAUCUGAUUUCUGCCCUUAAAGUAACUGCAUGUUAUUAAUUUCAUGCAUGCAAAGAUUAGUGAAAGGGUCUGUUAGGAUGGACUACAUUACCAGUUCUACUGGACAUGUACAUUUAUUGGUUCGAAAAUGGGAAAAUAUUUCAGUAAUUUUAGAUAGCAUUUCAGUUAUAUGACUGAUCAUAUCAAUAAGGUCAUAAGGUAAUAAAUAAUUUACUUAUUACUGUACAGCAAUUGCAACAAUAUACAAUCGAUUUUAUUGUGAACUUUAAAACUGUUGUGUUGCUCUAUUGGCUGGGUAAGGGGAGAUAAUUGAAAUUAUUUCUGCAUUCAUAUAUAGAAAUUUCAUUCAAAGUUAAUUUCAGACAUGCAUGGUUUGUUGGUUAUCUACAAUUAUUUUUCUUUGCAAUAAGUCAGUUAUUGAGAUUGACUUAAGCCUGUUUAUGUAAUAUAUGCUUCAUGUUUUCAAAAGUUAAAGAAUGUCUAAUUGCACUAGAAUGAAGUGUUACAGUGCACACUAGUCGUCACCAAUAAAACAAUAGAAGUAGGUAUACAGUUAUCAGCUGUUUUUCUCCUGAUAGUUAAUAUCAAACUUUCUUUUGCUAUGUUCAGUAAUAAAGUAAUUGUUAUUUUUCCAAAA